CGUCGGAAGUUCCUGUUCUCUCAGAUGAAGCGAAGAUUACGAAACAAAUAUCUUGUUUUAUUAGAAAAUCAGCUUUAUUUAUUUACACAUUAUUAAAAAAACGUAAUGUCAUAAUAUUUGACUGAAGUCUUGUAACUUAUGAACCUAGAUCAUGGUUGAAAACUCUCCGUCUCCUCUCCCUGAAAGGGCGAUUUAUGGGUUUGUCCUCUACCUUGGGUCCCAGUUUGCUUUCUUUCUUUACUGUGUGUGGGCGUUUGUACCAGAAGAGUGGCUUCAUUCAAUAGGGCUCACUUACUGGCCUCAGAAAUACUGGGCUCUUGCAGUUCCGUACUACCUGCUGGUGGCGUUACUGGUCUUUUUUGUUGUGUUGUUUGGAAUAAACAUGACCAACACGGCUCCACUGGACUCUGUGGACAACAUCACAGAUGUGUUUGCACAAGGACAGAAGACAGACGUGUACCGGAAGGGGGGAAUACCCCGACUGAAAGAUGUCUCCAUCAGUGAAGUCAACAAAAUGUUUUAUUUAUCAUCCGAGACACAACAGUGAUAAAUGUACUGAGCUGUAGGCAGGGGUUACAUGGAGCUACUAAAGCAAAUUCCACCGAGGUCCCAGAUCUGUAUUUCAAGGGAGGCCUUGGUCUGAAAGCAACCUAGCAUGUUUUGGUCUAUGUGAGGAAACCACUCCCACAAACACAAGGAGGACAUGCAAACUCCACACAGAAAGACUUCUGGUCCAAAUCAGAGACUGAACCUUCUUGCUGUGAGGCAAUAAUGCUAACCACUAAUCUAUCGUGUUGCUUUUUAUGCUACUGGUUAUUUUUUUGUUCCUUAAAAUAAAUACACUGGCUAUUACGCUUUGUUUUAUUGAACAUAUUAAAUCAGUUGCCAUCUUGUACAUAUGUGUAUGUAUCUGUGUAUUCAUAUGUAUUAGACAAAAAAUAAAUAUAUUAUUGCAACAAAAAA